UAUGCUCAUUAAAAACAUUGCUAGUAGUGUAUGAACUUCAUAAUGACUUGGCCCUCCGUCAUUAAACGUUAGUUUUGGCAACACAACAAAAUUAGGGGGAAUUCUAUGGUGCAGUCACUGCACUAGUACCGCCACUUUAUUGUAACCGGUUGAGUUGGUGAUUUAUUGGUUGACUCCGGUUUAGUAAUUUAAUUAAUAAAACAUAAAAAAAACAAAAAGAAACAAAAGGCAAAAGGCAGGACAGUCGUUCCCUUCCAUGUCUUUCCAUUGUAAAUCAAGGAAACCCUUUCGUCGCGGCACUCCACCACCACGUUGUUUUCGUCAAUCGACCUCACCAGCAAAAUCCCAACUUCGUCUGGCAAAAUCAGAUGCGUCAUCAGCCCCGUACUACCACCAAAUGCAAGCUCUGGUCACAUCCCUAGAUAUGGUCGCCGGCAACGGCGUAGCUAAAUCGUACACAGCUCUCGCGUUGCAGACGAUCUCCCGGCGGUUUCGCAGCCUCCGGGAUGCAAUCGGCAGCCAAUUAGACGCAAUCAGGAGGAAGCUAGGCGAGCCAGAAGCAGCAUCCCGCUGCAUCCAGCGUCUUCGGUAUGUGGAGCAGCAGCUCAGGCAGCAGCGAGCGCUUCAGCAGCUCGGUGUCAUGCGCCGCGCUUGGAGGCCUCAGAAGGGCCUUCCCGAAAACUCCGUCACAGUUCUCAGCAUCGUUUCUGCCGCGUGAAUCCAUAAUCACCAUCGCCAUUGCGGCCGAUCGACCAUAACCACCCACAUCCCGAAUCCCCGGCAAUCAAUGUCAACACCGUCGUCAACCCAGUUGCCGCAGCCAGGUCACGUCUCUGUUGUGCCAAUAAACCACCAUUGUCGCUGGUCGGCCAUCACUACCCAAAUCCCGACACCCUCGAAAUCGCCAUAGUCGUCAAGGCUCCUCCCCUCUCGUUUUAAUCACCGCCGAUUCAAUUUCCCCAUCCAUGGUUACACAAUUCCUGAACCACCUUCCGUCCGUCAUCAAAAUCGUCUGGCUGCCCUGUCAAUCCCAACAACGUCCCUACCGAUCAGUAAGAGACAUAUAUUAUUUAUAAAAAAGAUUUAAUUAUAAAUAGGUUCAACCAAAGGUUCAACAAAAUCUGGUUAAGUGAUGGUUUGUAAUUAAUAGUCCUGAUUUAAUCCAGAAAUUCCAACGGCUGACAAGGUGGCGGCACUCAAGCCGGCACUGCACCACAGUAAUGGCGCAAAAUUAGUUACUAUACGUUAGUGUCUUAAUUAAUUAGUGGUCAAUAGCAGAUCAAGUACUGAAGCCUGCAGCGGGCUAGUGGAUCGCGCUACCUUUUUUCUGCACCAUAGAAAAAACAAGUGUACGAUCGAUGGAGCAGAGUAGUUAGUUGAGGAGGAGUCGUUUUCGUGUUUGUUGUGUUUGAAUGCAGUUAUAUAUAUAUAUAUAUAUAUAUAUUUGACGAUGAAGACGACGCCAUGCCAGAAGUACUGUAUUAUAUCUAUUAAUUAGAUUAACAUUGUUAAGGGGAACAUGCGAUAGAUAGAUUCAGAUUAACAUUGUUAGAUAAAUUCGGUACGUACGUAUACAUAGUGUGGUGAUGAAACAGAAGGAAAUGAAGGAAGCUUCCAAUGAAAUUGGUUCCGUUUGCUCUCUCGUCAUGUGUGCAUCAGCUUCUGCAUCUGUACUAUAUAUACGGCUGAUGAAUUUCAACAGCGAUGUUACAUAGUUGUCUUCCAAAUUAAGGGUCCUCUAUGAGAAAUUAGUCUUUCAUCCUUUUUAAUUUGAUGAAGCUUACAAUUGAUAACUCUAAUUUCAAAUUGGGAUUUUAUACUAUUUGAUAUCUGGUGGGUUCAAAUGGGUAUCAUGAAAAUGGAUAUCUUUGCCUUCCCUGCUUGAUUUAGAAUCUAAAUUGUUUUUAUUUAUUGUUUAUGUGCGUCAUUAAUUGUAUAUAAAUAUAUUGUGUGUAUAAUUAUUUAAACUAAUAGAGUUAGUUUUAAUGAUGUUAAUAAGUCUAGAACAAAGAGCUUCAAUGAUAAGAUGUAGUGUUUAUUAUUAGAUGAUGUCGAGAAUAAAAGUUGUUAAGGAUGACCAAAUUCAAUUUUAUUUUUUUCUUUUGUAUUGUCAUAUAUAGAAAUGAAAAUAUGAAUAUCUU